AUGUGUUCGUUUCUACGGAUACCCUUAACGUUAUUUAUCUGUGCAAUUGUCGUCUCCGGUCACGUUCAUGGACCCAGAAGAUCCCGACGAAUGGACGCUGAGGAUUAUGCACAGAACGAAAUCGACAGUGGUAGAGCAGACGAAAGCUGGUGGCCAUCUGCGGAGUUUGCAGUAUUACAAAAAGUUUACGACGAUUGUAGUGCGCAAACGCAUCUAACUACCUGCCUGAAGGGCAAGGCUCUAAAUGCACUCACAAGAGCUGUGGAGCAGGAGAGCGUUCAGCUUGCUGAUGGUUUAACGUUGGUGAAACAGGCCGAUGCGCCGAGUGCGGUGGCCGAACCUCGUUUCCUUCCUGGGAUGACUGCUGAUGAAAAGAUCGAUACCAUGCUCAAAACUAAGUUUGAGCAAUUGAUGAGAACACACUCCAUCGCUAUGGACUUAGUCUCGGAAGGUAGAGGUAGAGGAAAAAAGGUCUUGCCCUACCUGUUGCUCGGUAUUUUCACAACCGUUAGCAUAGUGGGGGGUAUGGCACUGAAGACCUUAGCUGCCAUUGCUGGAAAGGCUCUCAUCGCCAGUAAAGUGGCAUUAACGAUUGCCGGUAUAAUCGCUCUCAAGAAACUUUUCAGUCACGAUGGAGCGACUGGAGAAACGACUUUCCAAGUGCACGCUGAUGGACAUCACAGGCGCAAUCUGUAUGUGGUGAGACCAGUGAGGUCUAGCGAAACGGAUCCUUACCGUUUCUACGCUAACAAGAUCCCAACGAAACCCGAUGAAGACUUAUUCUAA